AUGCUCCACGCCACACAGAACAGCUCAGAUUGCCUCUUCUCCGAGCUCGACAGUGAUACCGACACAGACAAACCACUGCUUCACGAUACCUCACACACCGUUCGUUUCUGCGAACCCCAGACCAAGCGGCGCAUGGGCUUCCGCAAGUGGUUUUCUAGGACCAGCAAUGAGAAGAGGCCUCUCAUAGACCGCAUCACCACACCCAUGGACGAGAUUUUGACCGACGAACCGCCCACGACUACAGACGCUUUGACUUCUCCUCCACGUGGCAGAAAAUACAGAGACCAUCAGAGAGAAGAGUAUGAACGAAGACAGCAUUAUGAGAGGACGCGAGAACGGGACAGAGACAGGGACAGAGAGGGAGAUAAGUACAGUGUUCCCCGGAGACAGCUUCAGGACUCUGCUCGUUGGCAUGAACAUGUCAGACAACAGCAACCUCACAUACAUCAAGCACACCAGAUACCAUACCAGAUACCAUACCAGAUGCCACCAGGGCUGAGGCAACAUAUGCAUCCUGCGUAUCUUCAGCCACGACAGAUCAGCCAGACGCCAGACGCCAUAUCGGGAUACCCCAACCAGUCGUUACUGCGACCAAUGUCUCAGGUGAUUGAACCGCGAUACAUACGGACAGAGGGAUUCCCUGUACCACCAGUGAAGUACGCACAGGUCCCCCAGGGAAUGAAAGCGGAGAUAAUGGAGCUGAAGGACGAUGCUGGAAAUGAUAAGAAUGAGGAAAAGAAGUAUGCCAAGGAUAAGAAGGACGACAAGAAGAAGGAAAGCGAAAGUCCGCAAAUGCAGUCAAAUAUUGAGAAGAUGGUCAAGAACGCGUUACAGAACCAUCGCCCGGCAGUCUACGAGACUCUUGUUCGGAUGAACUCGUUUGUCCUUUCGCUUAAGUUAGCCCUCUGUAUAGCCUGUGUGGCUUUUUAUCCACUGGUAGGUAUUCUUCUCAUUGUGGUUCUUUUUGGGUCUGAGAUCUUGCUUGAACUAGCUAUAAAGUGUGGUCCUGACAGGAGUUAG